UACGCUUUUGCUGACCUAUAAUAAGCUAGUCACAAGUGUGUAAUAGUGGUAAACGUUUAGGCAAUUCUGCUUAAUAAUAAGUUCGAGAAAUUGGAAUAUGUGCUUCCAGUUUUAAGUGCUUUGUUUUUGUCCGUGUGAUUAUUAUGAGUAGUGUAGACGCUGUACAAAGCGUAAGAUCUGGUAUUGACAUGACCACUUACACAGAAGCAUCUCCAAUAACUAUCCCUUCAGAUAUUUUGGAUGAUUUAAGCAGCCGUUUCAUCAUCAACGUACCCGAGGAAGAACGUAAAGAAUUAGUCAGGCUGUGCUUUCAGAUUGAAUUAGCUCAUUGGUUUUAUUUGGACUUUUAUUGUACAGAAGAUAGCCAGUUAAGACAGUGUUCUAUGAGGGAAUUCUCACAUAUCAUUUUUAAUCACAUUCCGUUUCUUCGAGAGCAUGCCAAUAACGUCGAUACUACUUUGGAUACCUGGAGGGAGUAUAAGAUGGCGGUUCCUACGUUCGGAGCCAUACUGCUCGACGAGAAAAUGGAGAACGUGUUGUUGGUUCAGGGCUAUUGGGCCAAAUCCAGUUGGGGUUUCCCGAAAGGAAAAGUGAAUAAAGAAGAACGCCCCCACGACUGCGCGGUGAGAGAAGUGUUGGAAGAGACGGGUUUCGAUAUAAGUAAACUGAUCGAUAAAGAAGAAUUUAUCGAUCACUGCGUUAACGAACAGCAGAUCAGACUGUAUAUAAUUACAGGCGUUACCAAAGAUACGAAAUUUCAGCCAAAAACAAGAAAGGAAAUAAAGAGUAUCGAAUGGUUUCCGAUUAACGAUCUUCCCUCGCAUAAAAAAGACCAAGUUUCCAAAACAAAUCUUGGGUUAGGACCAAAUGCAUUUUUUAUGGUAAUUCCAUUUAUAAAACCUCUGAGAAAAUGGAUAGCUUCAAAACAAAAGAAGCAUUUACAAAAUCAGAAUGCGAUAAAUCAUGGUAAUCAGCCGCACGUGUCGAAUUCUCAGUAUGUGGAAAAGUCGAAACAGAAACCUCAGUAUUAUAAUCUUAUGGUUCAGAACGAAUUUGCCGAUUACAUGAGAAAUAAAGACAGUCGCAGCCAUAAAUUUAAUUAUUCUCCUCCUCCUCGAAUGCAGCGAUUAAAACAACACAAGCAACUUAACGACAGUAAUGAAUUUAAAGACAAUUAUUUGAGAAAUGAUGAAGUAAAUUCAGAAAGAAAUGGGAAAUCAAAUAGUCCAUCCGUUGCCACAUCACUGAAUGGUGUCUUACAAAAUAAAAGAGAAGAAAACGUAAAAGAAAAAAGCCAAAAAUCGUUUCGUUUUACGUCGGCAACUUGGGAAAAUUUUACUCUCGAUAAAAAUGCUCUAAUUGCUUGUUUUAAUUAUUAGCAGAAAAUUCUUUUAUUAAAAGAAAUUUAAGGUUUUAUGUAAAUAGUUGAAACAAAUAUGUCGAAAAUUAUGUCAGUUUUUUUCAAUAAGGGAAUUUACCUGAAAUCCUUUACAUUUAUCAAGUUUUUACUAUAAUUUUAAGAUAUCUUCCAACUUCUCUACAACCAAUGGAGUUAUAUUGAGAUCAGUUAACUAUCUUUUGCAAUGUUCGAUAUAGAGCUGUCGUAUUUAUGAUUUUAGAUGUUGAGAAUUCAUUUAUCGUUUUUAAAUCACUAAAAAUUGUUAUUACGUCCAUCAAAUAUUCAUUGUCCUAUCGUAAUAAUUCCAAUUUCUUUAAUCCUUGGUGGAUAUUUUAUAUUAAUUUUCAUUCAUUAAACAUUCCGUAAGCAAAUACUUAUCCAAUUUUAAGUAGUUAAAAAGAAAUUUCAAUAGACAACUUGUGUAUGUUAUUUAAUUAUUAUUAGUGUAGAAUAUAUUUAAUAAGUCACUCACAAAAUGUGAUUAAAAUAUGUUAUUUUAAUCAAUUAACUCUUAAAUAAUGAAUAUUUUGAAAAUUUUUAAAAGAAAGUGAGUUACAAAAACAUGAUUUUAUGAAAGUAUCAUUGAGAUUAAAAUUUAAAAACAUGCUUUAUUUUAAAAACUUAAUACAAUAUAUACUUGUAUUAUUAUUAUCAUCAUUAUUAAUUAAUGUAAAUUAUUAUAAGCUAAUAAGAUGUAAUGUGUAUACCAUGUUUUCAAUGAAACAUGAUUUUCUGAACAAAAAAAAUAAAACUAAACAUUAAAAAUUUUGAGAAUUUA